AGAUGUACAUAUAUGUAUAUGUACGACAGCUGCUCCUAACCAAAUAAAUUGUGAAUUCGAUAUUUAUUUACCGCAGUAUACGUAACUUCAUACGGCGACGACUGUACUUGAUAUCUAUACUAUUAAUAGCUAAGUAGAACAUUAAGUAUAAUAUUAAUAUCCAGCUACAACAAUAAAAGGUUUCUAUUGUAAUGUUACUCAUAAAUACAACAAAUUAAUGUACUGAGGUUAUUAGAACGAACUGAUAAUUUUCAAAAUUUAAAAAUCGUUGUCAAUUUUCCUAUCCCAUUUGUUUGUAGGUUCAGGUUCUUAUUACUUCAGGUUUUAUCUACUUAACCUGACCAAUCUUGUUCUAAUUUUGCAUACGCGUAAUUUAAAGUAGUUUAGAAUCGGACAUACCUGUUGUCCCGGAAAAAGGUUAAAUAUAAACAAAAGUUUCCGUUGAAAUUUCAAAGCAAGUUGAGCACCAGUUUAUAUGUGAAGUAAAUAUUAAUUUUGUAGUAGAGUAGCAACUAGUGUUCACAUUUGACUUGAAUUUUAUGAAUUUCUGAGUUUACUUGUACCUUAAAUAAACAUAAUUUUGAUAGCUCAGGAGCUAAAAGACAAUAUUUAUACGCACUUUAAAUUUUUACGCAUAUUAUCUCAAGUUGAUUGAAUGGAUAUUUGAUUUUGGUUUUGUUAUGUAGCAUUGUUAGAGACCUAACUUUAAAAAUAAACUGUAGAUAUUAUCGAUUAUGAAGAGUUUGUAGUCACACAAGUAUGAAAUCGUGGAUAAAAGCUAGUAAAACAUGACAUCAUUUAUAAAAUAAUACUUAUUUCAGAAAAGUUUAACCAAACAUUCAAUGUACUUAAUGUGUCAAUGACACACAAAAAUUAUACAAGUAUCUAAAUAUAAAAUGCAAAAAUAAACUUCAUACUCAAAGUACGAAAACAGACAUUAAUUCAAUCCCAAGUUACAAGGUAACUGUUAUGAUAACUUUGAAACAAGAAAGAAAAGUUGUUAGACACGAUCAAGAUUGAGGACGUUGACGACGAAUGUAACAAUAUUACUUUGGUUUACAAAUAAAAACCAAGUGCGCUCAGUCGGCGUGAGCCGUGACUUAAGAUUAAGAUUAAUCUAUGGUUAUAGAGGUGUAUGCUGCUUGUAAACAAAUGAAGGCCAAUAUCAGUUGCACAGGGAAAUCCCAGGAUUUUACACUGGAUUUUUACUUCAGACAGUUUUGGACUGAUCCACGACUGGCGUAUAAGAAGAGGACAGGCGUGGAAACACUUUCAGUCGGAUCAGAAUUUAUUAGGAAUAUCUGGGUACCAGACACUUUCUUCGUGAACGAGAAGCAGUCUUAUUUCCAUAUUGCUACUACAAGCAACGAAUUCAUUCGCAUUCAUCAUUCCGGAUCUAUUACUAGAAGUAUAAGACUGACUAUCACUGCUUCUUGUCCCAUGGACUUGCAAUAUUUUCCCAUGGAUCGUCAAUUAUGCAACAUCGAAAUUGAAAGCUUCGGCUACACCAUGCGAGACAUCCGAUACAAGUGGAACGAAGGGCCCAACUCUGUGGGUGUGUCGAGCGAGGUGUCCCUGCCGCAGUUCAAGGUCCUGGGCCAUCGCCAACGCGCAAUGGAAAUCUCUCUUACCACAGGAAACUACUCCAGGCUGGCAUGUGAAAUCCAAUUCGUUCGGUCCAUGGGAUACUAUUUGAUUCAGAUUUACAUUCCAUCCGGGUUGAUAGUAAUUAUAUCGUGGGUCUCUUUUUGGUUAAAUCGGAACGCGACGCCGGCUCGUGUAUCUCUGGGGGUGACUACGGUGCUGACGAUGACUACCCUCAUGUCGUCUACCAACGCUGCGCUUCCGAAGAUAUCGUACGUGAAAUCCAUCGACGUGUACCUGGGCACCUGUUUCGUCAUGGUCUUCGCUAGUCUUCUAGAAUAUGCAACUGUUGGUUAUAUGGCUAAAAGGAUACAAAUGAGAAAACAAAGAUUUACUGCGGUCCAGAAAAUGGCUGCUGAGAAGAAAAUUGUGAUAGACCCAUCAGGUUCCUCAGAACCACUGCCGCCUCCGAGAACAAGCACACUGAACAGACCAAUACCGCCUAGCAGAUCAUCACAAAAUAUACAUUUUAUGAAACAGGAAGUACGGUACAAGGCUCACGACCCCAAAGCUUACUCAAAGGGCGGGACAUUGGAAAAUACUAUCAAUGGAUCCCGUGGAGCCCCGCCCGCCCCCGCGCCGCAAACAGACGAAGAGGCCCCUCCCGCACACCUCCUACAUGCGUCAAAGGGUAUCAACAAACUACUGGGCACUACGCCUUCGGACAUCGACAAAUACUCGCGCAUCGUGUUUCCCGUGUGUUUCGUCUGCUUUAACCUAAUGUAUUGGAUCAUCUACCUUCACGUGUCAGACGUGGUCGCUGACGACCUGGUCUUACUUGGCGAGGAAAACUAAAUCUGGUUAUAAAUCGAUAUCAAUACUUAUUGUAUUGGCACUUACUAAAUUUAACAAAUUAGGGUGCUCAUCAUCAACCCUCCAUACCUUUGGUAAAGUGCUUUUUAUCUAGAAAAUUGUAAUCCUAUAGCACUCUACCGAAAUAGUAAUCACAUUAUAAAUAUAGAGUAAUUAUAUCGUAAGUGGCACUGUACAUCUUGAAGUACAUUUCGAUGGUUAGCAACUUGAACAGUUCAAAUAUAUGUCAAUAUUUACAAUAAUUUACUAAUGUACCAUAUAUUUGGUAAUUUUAGAAGUGUAUUCUUCUUUAUAUGCAUUUAAAUAUUAUUGUUUCAUUUAAAUUGAAGUAGUUUUGUUUUAACGAAUCUACCAAGAUAAUAAUAGCACUGUUUGAUGUUGUAGAGUAAAAAACAUCUGAUAGAAUUACAUCCUGCUUGACAGGGACAUUUGUGAAUGUAGAAUAGAGGAGAACUAUGACUUAUUGAAACAUCUACACGAGGAUCUUCUUAUGGAAUUAAAAUAGCUGAGUAAUUCAAAUUAAUAACUAUUUGAAAUAAAUAUGAUCAUAGGUGAUCAUGAAGAUCAUUAUGUAUUUACUCUAUACUUAAGACCAUUGUAGUCCCUAAAAAUAGUGCCUCUUCUUAUUGUCUGGAUAUGAUAAUAUCUGCUUAGGUUUCCGUCAAAAUAUAUGUUUAAAAAUGUCAUCGACGGGAUAUGAAGGGGACAUGGAUUUAUAUUGACGUGACGUUUAUUUAAGGUGAAAUGUAAAUAUUUAUACAUAUACCUAUAUUUAUACGAUUAGGAUAUUAAAAACAAUUGCUCUAGUUUUUUAAAAAAAUGUUAUUCGGUUCAAUUUGACAAAAUAAACACCGGUAAUACACUUCAAUAUUAAAAUCUAGUGCACAGAACACUUUUUCUAUGUAGCAUAAAUUUACAUACUAUAUCAAAAUAUAUCUACGAAAAUUUAUGAGAUAAGACAUAAAACCGGCUGUUACCACAAUGCACGUGGUCUGGACUUUUUGUUUGUAGAAAUAUAAGGGAAAUGGACAUGGACUUAAAAUGAAAAAAUAAUACGAAUGUCGCCCAGAAAAUAAGUUAAAUUUGUAUUAAUACUGAGUAAUUUGUAUUAAUAAUGAAUGCAUAUUUUUCGAUGAACAAUCGACGCGAAGCGCUAUUAUGAAACAUUGAAUAAGCUGCGUCGAUUCCUUCGGAGUAAAAAGAGCGGAAGGUUGAGGUCAGGUGUUUAGCGAGGAGGCCGGAUUACAGUCAGGGCGCGAGAUGUUGUACGGAACCGUGUUACAUGAGAUUUGAAGCCUCAUUGGUGUUCUUUACUGCAAUAUAUCUUAGUCACAUCCAUCAUUCACAUUGUACAUAUAAAACAAAUUCAAUUAAUUUUCUGGACAACUUAUCGUACUGUGUUAAAUUAAUAAAAAUGGUAAGGUAGAUAACAAAAUCCUUGGUAAAUAUAGAAAGGUCAAUAAUAAAUGUACUUGUAUUUAAUACGAUAUCUAUAACUAGUUAGUAAGUGCAAUAAAAUAAGUCUUGGACAGUUAAAUUAGUGGCAAUGAUGUAUGAGUCGUAGGUUUACUACUAGCGCUGUGACUAUUAUGAUUUUACCAAUAGCAUAAGACUGUUAUAAGCUGUCAUUCCAUCUGUUUUUUUACAGUUCACGGGUAAUUAAGGUGACCAAUUUUCAAAGUACUGUUUUUAUAUGAAUCGUCAUUCAUGAUUUUUAAUGGAACAACUUUUUUUUUAAUAUUAAAUAUAUUUUUAAAGGGGAACGAUAGAUACAUAGUAUGUCGAUUGGGUUGCAGAGGAAUCUAUCAGCUGUUCCUAUAUUGUACAAACUAAUAUUUCCUCUCAAUCAAAAACGUUCCCUUACUUCAUCAUAACGCUCUUGCCUCACAUAUCAUUUCUUUUCAUUUUAAUAAAAUAAAAAUAUACUGUUCUCUAAGUAAGCUCCUAAUAUCUGACUACAUUAAAAUAUAUUUUUAUACCACUAUCCAAUGAGGUUGUACCUAUGUUUAGUUUGUAUGUUUUUGUAUAAAUUUGCUCAACGUUAUUUAAAGGAAUUGGGAUUGCGAUUGAAAAGACGUCUAGGAAUUGUAAGUAAUAGGCUAGGUAGGCGUAUCUUAUAAUUUUUAUUUUCUCCUUUUUAUACACAGGACUGUAUUUAAAAUAAUACAAACGUUUGGAUUAAUUUAAUGUGUAGUAAGUUAAAAAAAUCUGGUUUAUGAAUCUAUCUAAAUUAUUUUGAAACUUCCACGAAGACUGAGUCAGUAUUUAUUCGUGUUUUUCUAUACUGGCAAUUCAUGCAGCUGAUUAGUUUCCUAGAUAACAUGAUACGAUCAAGUUUCAUAUCGUCGGAUCUGGAUUUGUGAACCCGAUAUGUUGAAGGUAGGUCAAAUUAUUCUCAGGCAAAUAGGCUAUCUAUUUUUGUCUCCUAAUAUUGGUUGAAUGUGCAGUCACAUGCUAACGUUAAGUCAUAGCUAAGUUACAUGGUGACUAUCAUUAUCAAAAAGACUAGUAUCUAACCCGUGAGGGAUAAAUAAAGUGAUAUCGAAUCUUUUAAAGGGAUUUUCCACGUAAUUGAUAAAAACGUGAUACUGUAUCUUUUAUAAGGGAUUUAUAAUGUAUCCCAAUAAUAUUAUUACAUUAAUUAUAUUCCCUAUGAACUACUUAUUUCAUCAAAGAAUAAACAAGUAUGCCAAUAAACUAUUAAUAUUUGAUGCGUUAAAUCGGGUCUGGCACCGGAGUGGCAUUCAAAGAUUAUGAUUUUUAUUAUGGAUUUCGAAGCAAAACGAUAAAGGGUGUGAUCAUAUUUUUCAGGUUUGUUAUUAUGCGAGUCACAUUCAUGAUAUAGUCCAAAUGGGCCGCAUGCCUGAACUUACAGACGCCGACUUCUACGCUGUAGUUGUUGUGGAGAACAAAUUAAAAUAACUGUAUAAUGUACUACCUAUUUUUAAUUGCGUUACGUUCUCUAAAGAAAUAAUAGUGUUUUACGACGGUAACACUAAUUAAAGUAAUUAUAUAUAUGUGUAAAUCAGACCUGCCUAUUAAUAUGUCAAAUAGCAGAACUUUCACGACGAAUAUGAGCUUAUAAUGUUAUCAUACAUUUCAGGUAAUAUUUUAAGUGUAUUUUCGCCGGGUUUAAUAUCGGAAUGAAUGUAAAAUACGCAAGAAAGCUAUACUUUUAAACCUGGGCUCAAUAAUUAUACACAUAUUAUUCAGUCAAGAUGAACCAAAAUGAAACAUAUUCUCAUUUCCGCUUGCUCAGAUAUUUUCAACCACCUGUUUGAAAGCUUGGAAGCGUCGGUGAUACUCGUAUUUGUAUAAAUUGAGAUGGCAAAUCAGGGAUUGGGCCGAUUCCUAUGUGACAUAAUAAUUCGAUAAAUUACAAAGCUUACUCGGCCUUAAAACUCGUGAUAUGGUUGUAUUGACGACACAGGAGGCUAGCUCUUUGGAGCUGAGGAAGUACUGGUCUGGAUCAGAGAGUAGGAUUAUUCAGUAUUGGUUAUGAUGUCAUUAUUAGAUGAAUACAAGCCUUUGCUAAUUUAAGCUCUUUUACAGACCGACAGCUAAUCCUAUUAAGUAUACUAAGUUAUUCAUUAGUUACAUAGAACAAAAAUAAGGAAAUUGGUUAAUCAUAAAUUAUUGACUGUUGAAACACUAUCCUUACAAAGCCUUUUCAAUCAUACAAAUCAAUAAAACACAGGUUAUCUAUUCAAAUACAUUUGUAUUUUAUUAAAACAUGUUAAGUUUGUACUCUAUAGAAGUAUAAUUACUGUUAUCUACGAUUAGUUGUAACAAUCAUCCAAAAAUGAUAAGUUAAUUAAAAGUUAAUUUUAAUGUUAAUUAGAGACACUUCAAAGAAACAUGAAUUAAUGAAUGUAAAUUUUGGAAAGGAUAAUUGUAUAAGAAGAGAAUUCGCAUUAUAUUGCACCUAGAUAGUAAGAAAGUAGCGUAGAAUAGCGAAGGAAGGAACGGGCAAUACGCAUUUACUCACGAUAUUGUGUUGUGAUUGUGACUUUUGGUCAUUUAAUGAUUUUUUUUGGAUCGAACGCAUCUGAAAUUUAAAUUUUAGAGCAUGAGGUCUCACGAAUUUCAACGAAUUUAUUCGAUGUGAAAGUGAUAUGAUAUUUUAUGCGAGACGCUAAAUGCGAAUUGCCCGCUAACUUUGCACGCGAAACCAAAUUCUAAAUCACAUUUAAAUAAAAUCUAGUAAUAUUAAUUAUAUUGUGAAAUAAAAUCCAUUUAGAUAAAAGUAAGACACUUUAUUAGAAAAAGAAUCAGACGAAUUCCAUGAUAUUAUUUUUAAAUGAAGUACAAUACUCGUAGUUUACACAAAUUUAAUAAAUUGAGUUAUCGAGAUCCUAAUACAAUUUAUUAGAGCGUAUUUAUUAAUAGAAAUUACAAGUAUUUGUAUAUGUCAUGCCAUUUAAAUAUUGUAAAAGUAAAAUACAAAAAUUAUUUUGCUACAUGUUUGAUAUUAGGUCUGCAAUAAGCACGUGCGUUUAACAUUAAUAGGUAGAUCCUAUGUCCCAAUAGGGGAGAUAAUACGGAGAGCCUUGAUAAAUCAUCUCAUAAUACAGACAAAAUAAAUAAAAACAAAAUUCAAAUAUAAAGUUAAAUAUUUUGUCAAAGUAGGUGUUCAAAGAAAUCUUCAAUAUGUGUUUAUUUGGAAUUUAGUCUAGUCAGAAAAUUUUCAAAAUGCUUUCGAUGACUAAGUGCCAAAUUAAUUAUUUAAGUAGGUACCUAUCUAUGACUUUUUUAUUAAUAUUGUUUCUAAUGUAGCGCGGUAUAAAAUUCUUAAAAGACUUUUUAAAUUUAACGUCAAUUCUUUAUAAAUGUGUUUGUAUUUAAAUAUUUUUUUAAAUUUAAACUGUGUUUGUCUUCAGUACCUGAUAGACGUAUGUUUUCGUGACUUUGGUUUUUAGUAUCACAAAAUGAUUCACAUAAUACAGCUUACAGCUUACUUACAGUAGUAGCUUAUGCAACUUGGUUUUGUUGUUUAUACUAGCUGUGGCCCCUAGCAACUGAUGCGUUUGUCAUACAAACUCUGUUUCAUAUCUCAUGGGGUUGAAAUUAAAAAAGUAACGUGUAGUCGAAUUAUUAAAAUCGCUACUGUGGUUUUUCUAUGAAAACGUAAAAAACAGACUUUCGCUUUUAUAAUGUUAGUAUGGAAGAAUGGAUAUAUCAGAUAAAAAAAAUCCUAUUAGAGAUCUUAGUCUCUUCUAGUCAUUUUUGUUAACUUGCUCCUAAUAACUGUCCCUGUAAAUUCGUAACUUACAAAAUAUAACUAAUUUCAGUAUUUCUUUCCACAAUUAAGUGGAUAGAACACAUGUAUUUAUCUAUCGUAAGUGUUUGAUCUCAUUAUCAUGUAAGAUUCCGAAUCCCCCGAACUCAUUUAGACAAGUAUUUAAUUAUCUCAUAAUAAUCAUUAAAACUCUGAAACGGAAAAAACGGUGCAAGAAGUACAAAUCGUUGAACAUUAUAGUUAUUACAGAAAAAUAAUUUAUAUAGAAAAAAGUUUUUAAAUUUGUUAUAAGCUCAUGAAUAUAAUAAAUUAUUUCCAAAAUAUUCUGUAAAACUAAUUGAAUAUUGUUUUUUUAAAUCUAUUUUGUCAAAUGUAUAAUGUAUGUAGGUACCAAUUUGUGAGUUACGUAAUUUUACUAAACAAUAAUCAAAAUGCAAAAUAAAAAUGUUUAGAAAAUCAAAACAUUGAAACUUGAACUUCUUAGUAACUACACGAGUUUACACCGUCCGUAUCACUGAAGGUACCUAUAAAACACUUGUGUGUAUCAUUUCUGCGUAAUCUAUACAAAAAUAAAUCUUAAAUGUCUUUAUUGGUUGUAUCGGUUUGAGAUGUGCUGUUUUCAGAGCAUCGAGCUUUGUGUAUCCUUCGCAAUAUUUUACCCUUAGCAAUAAAAUAUUCUAAAAUUACUUUCUCCUAUAAUUUUGAGACUGACUGUGAAUUGAUGUUUCAAUUUAAUAAUUUUUAGGUGUUAUAGACUUUAUACCAAUGUAUGUUAUGAGAAGUUCGUUUUGUUAAUGCGAUGUAAACGAGUAUAUUUACGUUAAAUGUACUUCUCCAAUUUUCCUUCAUGCAAAACUGAAUUUUAUGUAUCUGUGUGUUAAUGAUGUUGCUCAAACUAAAGAACUUUAACAGUAGUUACAUUGAACGAAAUUUAGUUCUGUGAUCCAAUAAAUUAUAUGAUCUGUAUAAUUGUGGUUUCAAUUUUUGAUUUAGUAAUACUCGUAUAGCCUUCUUUUUUACGAGUUUUUCUUUAAAGUCAUUCUAUUAAUAAAACUUCAGGUCUUCAAAUUUUAUUUCAUUAAUUCAAACAAAAAAAUAAAUUUGUAUGAUAAUUAGUAAUAGUAUUGACCAGAACAUCGUGAGGACACCUGCACACUGGGUGGCAGUUAAAGUUAACUAACGCAUGCGAUCACUUGCCACUAGAGGUCGGUAGGUAGACGUAAAAAUCAUGUCAAAUGCCUUUAGGCGACUUAAAAAUCUGACACCAGUGUUAGCAGUGACACAUAUGAAAACGAAGUGUAGAAACUUGUACAGACAUGAAAUUAAUUAGAACAAUUAUUUAAAACAAUUAGAGUAAUUAAUUUGAACUUUGUUAUAAAGUUCCAAUAUAAUACGAUAAGUAGCUUUCACGUCAAAUUACAACUGUCGUCUGACAAACGAAAGCUCAUUUGAAAAUUUAGUGCAACUUUGCCGGUGAAAUUAAUUUCCACAAACUCGAUUCUGCUCGAACAGGUGGUUGGGCGAACAAAUUAGUUCCUAGAAGCUUUCCAGCUUUACUUACAGGCGUUUGAUAGUACACAGAAUUUCUCGAUGACAUUUUUCAGCUGCUUUCUUGUGGCUUUUUUAUACACUUAACGAUAAAUAUUUACUGUUUUUCCAUCGAUUGGAUCUCGUAAUGUAAUGUAGAUAUGAUUUCGUUCAUGAUUUUUAGUAUUAUUAUGGAGGUAAGUAAUAAAGUUUUAUUUGUUAUUAUUUUUGUUAACUAGAAUGGCCUUUGUUUAAAUAAGUUAU